AUGGAGGAGAAAGACAAAGACACGUGUCCCGGCGUCGGAAGAAUGAGCGCUAGAUUAACCGACGUCGUUCUCGACUGCGUCUUACCGUACGUCCACGACUCCAAAGACCGCGACGCGAUUUCUCAGGUAUGUAAGCGGUGGUACGAGCUCGAUUCGUCGACGAGGAAGCACAUCACGAUUGCUUUAUGCUACACCACCACGCCGGACCGGCUCCGGCGACGGUUUCCUCAUCUGGAAUCACUGAAGCUCAAGGGAAAACCUAGGGCGGCGAUGUUUAACUUGAUCCCCGAGGAUUGGGGAGGAUUUGUUACUCCUUGGGUUAAGGAGAUUUCGAAAUACUUCGAUUGUUUGAAGUCGUUGCACUUUCGGAGGAUGAUUGUGACGGAUUCUGAUCUUCAGAUUCUCGCGCGUUCGCGUCAUCAGAGUCUUCAUGCUCUUAAGCUUGAAAAGUGUUCUGGAUUUUCAACUGACGGACUUUACUAUAUUUGUCACUCUUGCAAGAAUUUAAGAGUCUUGUUUAUGGAGGAAAGCUCAGUUGAUGAGAAAGAUGGUGAAUGGCUGCGUGAGCUUGCUUUGAAUAACACAUUUCUCGAGACACUGAAUUUUUACUUGACUGAUAUUAACAGUAUCAGGAUUCAAGACCUUGAACUUGUAGCAAAAAAUUGCCCCAACUUGGUCUCUGUGAAAAUUACUGAUUGUGAAAUCUUGAGUCUAGUGAACUUCUUUCGAUAUGCAUCUUCUCUCGAAGAAUUUUGUGGAGGUUCCUACAAUGAAGAACCAGAAAAGUACAGCAGCGUAUCAUUGCCAGCAAAGUUAAGUCGAUUGGGUUUGACAUAUAUUGGAAAGCAUGAAAUGCCAAUUGCAUUCCCUUAUGCAGCCCAACUGAAAAAAUUGGAUCUUCUCUAUGCAAUGCUGGAUACGGAGGAUCAUUGUACAUUAAUUGCGAAAUGCCCCAACUUGGAAAUCCUUGAGUCAAGGAAUGUAAUCGGAGACAGAGGAUUAGAAGUACUUGCUCGCUGCUGUAAGAAGCUGAAAAGGCUAAGGAUCGAAAGAGGUGACGACGAUCAAGCAUUGGAAGAUGAAGAUGGUAUUGUUUCGCAGAGAGGACUUAUUGCCCUAUCACAUGGCUGUCCAGAGCUUCAAUACAUGGCAGUUUAUGUAUCUGACAUUACAAAUGCAUCUCUAGAACACAUUGGCACUCACUUGAAAAACCUUUGUGAUUUUCGCCUCGUCUUGCUAGACCGCGAGGAAAGGAUAACAGAUUUGCCACUUGACAAUGGAGUGAGGGCUUUACUGAGAGGUUGCGAAAAGCUGAAAAGAUUUGCUCUAUAUCUCAGACCCGGUGGCUUAACUGAUGUAGGACUAGGUUACAUAGGACAAUACAGUCCAAACGUGAGAUGGAUACUUCUCGGUUAUGUCGGAGAAACAGAUGCAGGGCUCUUGGAAUUCUCAAAAGGCUGUCCAAGUCUUCAGAAACUUGAAAUGAGAGGAUGUUCAUUUUUCAGUGAGUAUGCAUUAGCCGUUGCUGCAACUAGAUUAACAUCGUUGAGGUAUCUUUGGGUACAAGGUUAUGGAGCUUCAACAUCAGGACUUGAUCUUUUGGCAAUGGCUAGACCCUAUUGGAAUAUUGAGUUGAUUCCUUCUAGACGUGUAACUGAUAAUCAUCAUCCAGCUCAUAUUCUUGCUUAUUACUCCCUUGCUGGACCAAGAUCAGAUUUUCCUAAUACUGUUAUACCUUUGGUUCCUGCAACAGCAUCAUCCUAUUUUGUUAACAGGUAA